CUUUCCCCUCUUCUAUCUCCCUCUUCUUUUCCUUUUCUCUUCUCCUGUCUUCCCUCCUUCUACCAUAGCCGGUAUCCAAAUUCGCGUACCUCGUAUAUUUAUUUUGCCAUUCUUUUUGGGCUUAGUUUUGGGCUAUAUACGGAAAUUAAAAUUUAGAACCUCUUAGGUCAAUUAACGGGCUAGGGUUGGGGUUUGGGUUUCAAGAUCAGGGUUGGGAGUCGAAUUAGAAUAAGAUUUGGGGUUGGGAUUAGGGCCAAAUUAAGGUUGGGCUUAAAUAAACCAAUUAGGCAUAUGGGUUGGGUUUAGGGCUAUUUCCAAUUGGGGUUGGGGUUAGAGUAAGGGGUUCGGGCAGCUUAAUUUAGCUUAAUGGUGGGGAAGGGGGACCGACCACUGACCCAUGGAGGCACUGGCUGGUUAGGUUAUGGGAAGAAGAGCCGGCAGGACAGGCGCACUGCCUAUCCCGCCAGGAGUGCACGGUCCAUCACAUGGAUGGUGGCCCUCGCGACGUUUCGUCCGCAGUUGGGGACUUCUUCAGGCAAGCCACGACAUACAGGUGGCCCUCGCGACGUUUCGUCCGCAGUUGGGGACUUCUUCAGGCAAGCCACGACAUACAGGUGGCCCUCGCGACGUUUCGUCCGCAGUUGGGGACUUCUUCAGGCAAGCCACGACAUACAGCCGGUGGCCCUCGCGACGUUUCGUCCGCAGUUGGGGACUUCUUCAGGCAAGCCACGACAUACAGGUGGCCCUCGCGACGUUUCGUCCGCAGUUGGGGACUUCUUCAGGCAAGCCACGACAUACAGGUGGCCCUCGCGACGUUUCGUCCGCAGUUGGGGACUUCUUCAGGCAAGCCACGACAUACAGGUGGCCCUCGCGACGUUUCGUCCGCAGUUGGGGACUUCUUCAGGCAAGCCACGACAUACAGGUGGCCCUCGCGACGUUUCGUCCGCAGUUGGGGACUUCUUCAGGCAAGCCACGACAUACAGGUGGCCCUCGCGACGUUUCGUCCGCAGUUGGGGACUUCUUCAGGCAAGCCACGACAUACAGGUGGCCCUCGCGACGUUUCGUCCGCAGUUGGGGACUUCUUCAGGCAAGCCACGACAUACAGGUGGCCCUCGCGACGUUUCGUCCGCAGUUGGGGACUUCUUCAGGCAAGCCACGACAUACAGCCGGUAUCCAAAUUCGCGUACCUCGUAUAUUUAUUUUGCCAUUCUUUUUGGGCUUAGUUUUGGGCUAUAUACGGAAAUUAAAAUUUAGAACCUCUUAGGUCAAUUAACGGGCUAGGGUUGGGGUUUGGGUUUCAAGAUCAGGGUUGGGAGUCGAAUUAGAAUAAGAUUUGGGGUUGGGAUUAGGGCCAAAUUAAGGUUGGGCUUAAAUAAACCAAUUAGGCAUAUGGGUUGGGUUUAGGGCUAUUUCCAAUUGGGGUUGGGGUUAGAGUAAGGGGUUCGGGCAGCUUAAUUUAGCUUAAUGGUGGGGAAGGGGGACCGACCACUGACCCAUGGAGGCACUGGCUGGUUAGGUUAUGGGAAGAAGAGCCGGCAGGACAGGCGCACUGCCUAUCCCGCCAGGAGUGCACGGUCCAUCACAUGGAUGGUCAGUCCCCCAUCCUCAUCUCCUAUAUUUAGGUUUUAUAUAUUUUUUUGUAGCGGUGUAUAUAGUUAAUAAUAUAGUUUAUUCUAGGUUAGAUAUAUUUAUCAUAAAUUAAAGUUAUAUCAAGUAUAAUACCGCUUUUAAUUUUUUGGU